AAUACACGGCUGUUGUAUUGUAUGUCGACUUCGUUUGCGAAAAACAAUUUAUAUUCUGAAUAUCUUCUCAAAAUUUUCUGUUACAUCUUGUUUCAAUAAUUACAGUUCUUGUGAAUGCUUGUCGCAAACCAAAAAAUUGCACCUGCAUUAAGCAACAAUAUUUAUCGCCAUGUAUUUUGAUGAGGAAGAUAUCUUUGACGAUGAGAGUUAUUUCAAUCCAGAAAUAUAUAGACUCGUCACACGAGAAUUUUAUCCAAAUAUUGAAAGCCUGUCGUUGGGUAAAAGCGCUGUCCCCACUCACACAGAAGAUGGCAUUCCGAUUCGGAAAUUGUAUGUGUCUAAUUUACCGCCAAAGACAACUCGUGUGGAGCUCUUUGGAGUGUUUGUGCAAUAUGGAUUCAUCAAGAACUGUUGGAUAAGAAUGGCUGAGAUGGGACACCGACCUCAUGCACCAGCCUAUGCAUUUGUCACUUAUACCAAUCCAGCUGAUGCAUACAAAGCACUGACAGCCCCAAGUUAUGAAAAGAUGCUCCGAGGUCGCAAUCUGAAGGUGUUACCGGCUGAUAGUUGGCACCAACCUUUGGAGGAUGCAGAUGGGAAAGUUAUAUGGAGGACACGUGAACGACAUGAAAAUGAUCGGAAAAAUUGUGAACACAAUAUUGAUCAAGUUGUACCUGAAACUUCAUUGAACAAUGGGGAAGCAUCAAAUUCAGAAAUUAAAGAUUCUAAGGUUGCAGAGUCCGCCACUGAAGAAGAACCAAGCUAUAACAUACUUGAUAUACUCAACAGUGAUUGCCUAAACUACAUCUUAUCAUUUGUACCCAUAAGUAACAUUAUCCGGUCGGAACGGGUCAGCAAACGGUGGCAGUGUAUGGUGCAGGAAUAUCUUGAGAGUACCCGCCUGUACAAAACGUCGUGGUGGCAGGAGCAGCCGCAGCGGCUGACGACGGCGGUGCUGCGCCACAUCCUGGCGCGCGUGGGCGCGUCCCUCACGCGGCUCUACAUCGACCACCCGUGGAGCGCGCUCAACGACCGCACGGCGCACACCGUCGGCAAGUUCUGUCCGAACCUCGAGGAGCUUAAGAUUGUGAGCAUGCACACCAAGAAUUGGAAUCCUUUAAUUUAUGGCUGCAAAAAAUUGAAAAGUCUCACAUUUGUGAGUUGUAAUAAGUUAACGGAUUCGAGCUUAGUGCAUUUGGUGAAACACGAGUCGAGCAUUGAGAAGCUCACGGUAGCGAACAACACACAUGUGACGGGACUGUUCCUCACAGGAUCUAACCCCCUGAAAUUGACCUCACUGGCCUUUUAUAACUGCUACAGUCUCCAAGGAACAGUGUUAACUGCCGCCGUAGACACCUUGCCAAAUCUAACUACACUCAAGCUAGACGUAUGUACAGUGGCAAUGUGGAAAAUCGUUCCCCUAAUACUAAACAAACUACCCAAGUUGCAAGUACUCUCACUAAGCGAAUACUCUUCAGUAGAGGUAUGCGUCUAUCCUUACGUCAAUGAAGCCUUCUGCGAGUCCCUGGGGAACCUAAAGGAGUUGAAAUCGUUGAAUUUGAGCAGAAAUAUUUAUAUUUCCAACGCGGUGUUGAAAGCGAUCGGGCAGUCGUGCACUAAGCUAGAAACAAUCAACGUAUCGAGUUGUAAUUCAAGAAAAACUUUCCCCCAUCCAGGUGUCGGCGACGAAGGCGUUGCGGCGCUGUGCCGGGGCUGCACCAACCUGCGCGCCGUGGACCUGUCGUACCUGGCGGGCGUGACGGGCGCGGGCGUGGCCGCGCUGUGCCGGCUGCCGGCGCUGGGCUCGCUGACGGCGCGCGGGCUGCCGACGCUGGACGCCGCGCCGCUGCAGCAGUGUCUGCUGCACUGCCACCAGCUGCAGGAAGUAGAUGUGUGCGGAUGUGACAACGUUUCAGAAGACAUAGUUUCGGCCGCCAUCGAAGCGCUGAACGCGCGCCCGCGCAAGUUGUUGCUGCGAGUGGUCGGCACCUCUGUACCGUCGCUAGCGGAGCUCCCCAAACAUAAUCUGCUGACGGUGGACGACUACGAAGACACGUGCAACCCGAAUUUCAGGCCGGACUUCAGGGACGACCUGUUCGACAGCUCGGACGAGUCGUACACGGACGACAUGCAGGACGAAGACGAGUUUAACGCUGAAGAUUUCUUCCUCGACGAUGAUGAUGACGAUGACGGCGAAGAAGAUUUGGAGGAGUACUUGUACCGGUUCCAUUAUUACUAGCCAACGAACGUCAAACUCAUAGAUUAUUGCCGUUAAACCUGACAUCAGUACCUAAAAUUAAAGGACCUAGUCUAGUUAACAUACAUCGUGGUGCAAGCGAAGAAGUGAUACUUGUUUUUUUUAAUUGUUUCAAUUUUUUUAAAAGGAUCAUCCUUUUUAAACAAUUUGUUUUAGUUGCAUGAAGACGCGAAUGCGAAUAACUUUUGUAGUGAUUAGAGUUAUUUUGGUUGCCACUUUUACACAUUUUUAUUAAGCUGAAAUCGUUUUUUUUUGUCAAUAUUUAUGCGGCUCAUUCUUGUUGAGACGCACAAAAUAUCAUUUUACAUUAUCUGUGAUGAAUUAUUGAUUAUAUAUUAGCAUUUUCUUGCACUUCUACAAACAUACAAUUCAGCUUCUUAUUAUUGCUGGCUAGCAAUUGAUUAGUAAGAGUAUAUAUAAGUUAUAAAUUGUUUGUAGAAAUUAGACGUACUUUUGUGCUCGCGCUGGAAUGAAGAUACGUGGCACAAUGUCAUAACGUAGUUAAUUAUUAAUUGAUAAAACGUUUACGCUGGUGUUCUGUGUAAAAAGUUAAUCAGAUGAAAAAUCGCUUCUUUGUAAAUGUGCAUCUGCUUAAUAAAUAAUAUUAGGUUAUUAAUAUUAACAAACGAAUGCUUCUGAACUUCGUCCAAGAGACCUGAUUAAUUGGUAUUUUGACUACGCGAUUGCUGUGUAUGUACAUUAUCUUACAUUAAAUAUUAAUUAGUUUCUUUUUUCUUACGCGGACUGGAGUCUAAUACCAAUAGAUUAUUAUAAUUUCUUGGUUGUAUUAUGCUUUUGUUUAAAACAUUUAGUACAUUUGACCAAAAAUAACACGUGAUUCUCAGACAUUCACAAAAAAAUAAUACUUAACCAAAUUGCCAUAGUACAUUCACAACUGUCUUCAUAAAACAUUAGCUAAGUCUAGUUUUAAACAAAUUAACUUUGUUUGUGUCUAAUAAUAAAAUUACUGUAAUAAAAAAGGGCGCAAUCGUACAUUCCCUCUCGGCACGUUAAGUGGCCUGUAAACGGGCUAUAACAAAUUGCAUAUUGUUGUCAAAAAUGUCGGCAAUUUUGUUGAUCUAUAUAGCUUAGGAUAUUUGCAACUACACCCUUGCUGCAAUUGUAUUAUGCAACGCAUUGCCGAGUGAAGUCCAGCUAGGUACCGAAACAGUAUUGCUGAGAAAUUUUUGCUCGAACACAGGGCAAUGUUGAGGCAAGAUAUUCUCAUCUAUCUAUCUAUUAAAUAUAUGAAAAUUAAAGGCCAACUCAUCCCGAAAUUCAGAAUACUACAGUGUCAAUAUAGACGACAUUUCGCAGGAAAGUAGGCUGUAAUCAGAAGACAUUAUUAGCUAAUGUCUUCUAAUGAAUUUUUGGAAAAUAUUUUCCUAGAAGCAAAAUAUAAGGGUUGCUAGUUUGUAUAAAACAAGGUAUUUUUUUUAUUUUGGACACCGUCAUGACUAGAUUUUUUUUCGUUGAAUUGUGGUUAAACAAACCCGUUUACAGGCACCUUAGGUCUUUAACAAUGGAAAUUAAGCUAUUAUAAAGACCUGUUUUAAGUCGAUUGUUGUCUGACCAUUGAUUAAAUAGUGAAAAUUCCUGGCCCAUUGAAAAGUUUAUUAUUAUAACAAAGUAAGUUCCUACAGGUGAUAAAGAAUAGUUAAGUCACUCAUGCAAAAAUUUGCCUAAAAUACUAAUCUCAACUUUCAUAACAAUAUUCAUGUAUUUUUUCAUACGCAUAUUGUUUGUGGUUUUUUUUAACAUGCUGAUAUAAUACAUUAGAUGUAUAGCAUUCUGUACAGUAGACUCUGUAAUUUGUAUACAAAAUGUAGGUAAGGUGUUGGAUGUGGCAGUAAAAUAUACAUUUCAAAUAUAAUAAUCCAACUGAUAUAACUGUGAUCUCUUUUGUUUGUCUGCAUAUAAGUUUUAUGUGUGUCGGUUAAACAUCGACGUACAAUGUCUCAUUAUUUAUUUGAUGUAUUUAUUUAUGUUAUUUAUAAAUAUUUUUGUCUGGCAGGAAGCAAACAUACCUGUGCAUAUGCCAAUGUUCAUACAAAGGGGUCCAUUUACAGACAUUAAAAUGGCAUGGGUCUUUUCUUUUUGUUUAAAGUUUCUGUCAAACCUCAUCGUGAGGGAACAGGUUAACGAUAGUAAAAUAAAUCCGCAGAGUAUGUUCGGAUCGGACUGUAGUUGACACAAAGUAAUACUAUCAUGUUACUGUCAGGCAUAAAUGGAAAAAGGGAUAAGUUUUUGAAGUACCUUUUCGUUACUUUGAUUAGAGAUUAUUCCUUGACUUAAUACAAUGCUUACUUCUAAAAAACAGAUUUAGAUAUGUUUUCAGGUAUUUUAAGUUUUGAAAUAUUUUUCAAGAAUUGAUACUACAUUGAUGUAACUUUAUUCAUUAUACAUUUGCUUGUAAGAACUGAAUGUAUUAGAAUCGGAAAUGAUUUUGAUUUACAUAUUUUUAUCAAAGGCUGAUUUUAUUUUUAAUCGCAUCUGGAAGUAAUCAAUGUCUUAUAUUUUGAAGAAGUUUUAUAGGAUUAAAAAAAAAACUUGAUUUCUACAGUGAACGGGAAUAUAUUUUUUGUUGUUUGACAACUAAAAAAUUAGUUUAUAUUUAUUUUUACGGACUUCAUUACUUGCAUGUUUGCAUUGCACGUUAUUGUGGAGUUUUUAAAUUAGGUGAAUAUUAUGUUCUGUUUUUUUUAUUUCAUUGAUAUUUUACAUAUCUAACAGUGAAGGGAAACGGUUCGGAGAUUCCAAAUACGUUUUUGUCGUUCAGUACUAAGUUUCAAAGCUUUGUUUUUUUUAGUUGAUUUUUGUCUGUUGAUGUGAUAGAGAUUUCACUGAGUCACGGCAACAUACUUCUUACUUUAAACAUGUAUUUUCUGGUCUUUUCACAUAAUAGUGAUUUAUGUUUUUAGAUUUUAAUUUUAGAAGAAAUGCGCAUGUUUUGUGAAAAGUUAGUUUUUAUACAUUAAUUUUGUUUUAACAAUAUUAGUAAGAAACAAAAUACAGGCAUUCUUUUCAA